ACCAACUGCCAGCAGGCACACCGCCGCGUUGACAAAGAACACGGUUUUCACACAUGACCAAUGCGAGCCAAUAAACCCCGCCCUGCUCGAGCGACCCCGCAUCGAGCAACAACUACGCGCUGAUCCCGCCGACGACAUCGCCGAGCAGCCUCUACCUCACUUUCUAUCCCGAUAACCACCUUACUCACCUUUUGCCAUGGCGUCAGGGCCAACAACGCCGAGACGUCAGUCCAGGGGCCGUCCCAGAGGACGGCCCAAGGGCACCGGCUCAACUAGCGCGUCUCGCGUCAGGAAGUUUCCAGAAGACCUCCCGGCAACAGAACCCCCCUUGAAGAAGCGUAAAUAUGUCCCCGGAGGCCCGGGAGGUGGUGGGAGAUAUCUAGACGACGAUGGUGGCGAAGUCCCACCCGAAAAUCUAGGGCCAGCAACUACCGUGUCCAGACAGCGAGCCUCAGCCCGGACCGAUGCGCAACCCUCCCCUACCGUUUAUCCGCGCAGAGAACGAAGCACGAGGAUACGAACGGCCGUGAACCGAGACGAACUCGACGAUAUGCAAUACAGUUCAGCAACAGCCCUGGCGGCCGCUGUCGUCCAGAGCGAGGGGUACAAGCCCAGAGAGGAGCGAGGAUGGGAGGAGUUCCACCCAAAUCUUGACAUCGAGGCCACCUUUGCGGUGCUUCCUGCCGACGAAGUAGACGGCAUAGUCACAAAACCAGCACCCCCAACACCUGUUGCGCUAGAUACUGCCAGCCUCGUGAAUGGCGCAAGUACCCCUACUAAGGACGGCGCGUUUGUCUUCACAGGUGCAAAGGGCACGCCUAAUGGCCAGGGAAAGCCAUCAUUUUCCAGCCUAGCAGAUACCCCGAGUAGGCGUCGACUUGCCAGGCCAACAAGAGAUUCGGUCUCCUUGUAUGCCACCCGACCACUGGAUCUUGGGUUAACCCCCCAGGUCCCCAAAGUACUGCCUAUUCACAGCCAGAACGCGAAAGAGCGGCUGGAUCUGAAGAUGCCAUCAUACCGAAAAAUCGACCGUAUCGCCCUUUUUGAGAGCAAGACGUUUGGCCAGGCGAGAUAUGUCGACAAGUCGAUGAUGAAUGUGGGCUAUCAGGAGAGCGACAACUUCAUCCGGCCUGAUCGCAAGCUCAUCAAGGCGAUAGAUGCCAACACUGAGGAGGACCUGGAACAGGUCGCUGUUGUCUCGGCGGCAGGCGAUCCAGUCCAGCACACGGCCGGCGUGGUUGGGCGUGUGGAGUACGAUAUGGACGAGCAAGAUGAUAUGUGGCUCGAGGAUCUGAACAGUCGGCGAAAGGCGACCGAAUUGGAUCCAAUAACUCGUGAGAUCUUUGAGAUCACAAUAACCAAAAUUGAAAAGGAGUGGCAUGCGCUCGAGAAGAGGAUACCGAAGCCCAACCCGAAGCCGCCACAGACUCACAGACCGAGAUCCAGCUCUGCGGCUGCAGUUAAUGGCGAGCCGCAAGCUGGAGAAGAGCAGGACAGCAAGUGUGCCAUCUGCGACGACGGUGACUGCGAGAACACCAACGCGAUCGUGUUUUGUGACGGUUGCGAUUUGGCGGUUCACCAAGAAUGCUAUGGUGUGCCGUUUAUUCCCGAGGGGCAAUGGUUGUGCAGGAAGUGCCAGUUGAUUGGUCGUGGUAUUCCGACAUGCAUUUUCUGCCCCAAUACCGACGGGGCUUUCAAGCAGACCAACUCGUCCAAAUGGGCACAUCUGCUAUGCGCCAUGUGGAUCCCCGAGGUGUCUUUGGGGAACCACACCUUCAUGGAGCCGGUGAUGGAGGUCGAAAAAGUGCCCAAGACGCGGUGGAAGUUGACGUGCUAUAUCUGCAGUCAGCGCAUGGGAGCCUGCAUCCAGUGUUCUAACAAAAACUGUUACCAGGCCUUCCAUGUCACCUGCGCCCGGCGCUGCCGGUUGUUUCUCAAGAUGAAGAACAGCCAAGGCGCUCUCGCUGUGCUGGACAGCAUGCCGCUCAAGGCGUAUUGCGACAAGCACUGUCCUCAGGACUAUGCAAAGGAGAAUGCGGUCGCUGAAGCGACAAAAGAUGCGAAGCGCUUCUACAAGCGGACCAUGAAGGGGCGCAUUUGGGCCAAUAGUCAAGCGUCGGCCCUUCAAUUAGCCGCUACCCACCGCCAUGCCAUAACUGAGCACCCCCCUGACGAGUCCCAGUUGACAGGCGCCAAAAUGAAUACUGUUCUCGGGGAUAAGAAAAAGGGACAGCCGGCCAAGAAUAUCUGGAAGCUGCCGUCGGGUGCACCCAUUAUCCCCCAAGCUGUGUUUGACACGGUGGAGAGCUCACUCUCUCGCUUCCCGAUACGGAAGCGCAAAGACUAUGUCGCCGAAACAUGUCGCUACUGGACCCUCAAGCGCGAGGCCAGGCGUGGAGCCGCCCUGCUCAAACGGCUGCAGCUUCAAAUGGAGACGUUCUCGUCAAUGGAGUUGACACGGCGCAACUUUGCCGCCAUGGGUCCGUCUGGGAAGACAAGACUGGCCAGAAGGAUCGAGUUUUGCGGCAGCCUCGUCAAAGACCUGGAACAGCUCAAGGAGUUGUCUGAUGCAAUUGUCCAGCGUGAAGCCUCAAAGCUGGAAGCGGCCGAGUUGGAGCAGGACUUUGUCGACAGUUGCUAUUUCCCGGUCUACAAAAAGCUCCAACCGGUGCUUGACAAGGCUUUCCUACUUGACAAGAACAUCUUCAAGCCGGGCUUUAGAGAGUUGCAAGACAAACUGGACCAGCGGUUUUACACCACCACACUACAUUUUGCCACCGAUUUGUGCCAAGCCAUCAACGCAGGCAUCAACGAUCCGCCAGCCGUGCCGGCAGCCGAAGAAUCUCGCGGCAUCGGCAUCGAUGCGUCUCCAGUCAAGAACGGCGGCAAUGCAGAUGUCAAAGACCGGAGAAGGAUAGGAAAGCGAAUGCUCAAGUCACUCCAGCCACUUCUCGAAUCCGCCUUGCAGGCAGAGGCGGAAAUAUGCAAGAAGCCUCUCGAGGGUCUGCAGGCGGAACUCGAGGCCAUAAUCGAGGCUAGCACUGAGCUGAGACAGCCCGGUCCGGCAGCUACUAUCAUGGUGUCAGGAGACGGCAGCCUGGCCCCCGGUAUUUCACAAGAUGUCGACAUGGCGGACGCACCUGUGGAAGGCCAAAUUAUCGUCGCUGAUCAGUUAGACGAAGAUGUCGAUGCCGACGGGGAUCCAGACGAUCCCAUGGAAGGCACCGAGCACAUUGGCGAUGGAAGCAUAGAGGUCAAAUCCGACGAGCACGACGCCGAAACAAACGGUGCCUUGUCCUCUGCCCAUUCCGUCACAGCAGAAGAAAACAACGACACUCAACGGACCGACAUCCCGCAGAUACUUACCAACGGCAUCCCCAAGGAAUCAAACUCACCACCCUCCUUUGCCGGCUACAAUCCUGCCUCCAACCCGCAACCACAAAAUCACUCCGGUCCACUGAGUCCACCGCAGUCAAACGGCUCCUUCGGCAUCAACCAACAACAAGGACACCAUAAUGUCCUUUCUGACGGUGGUAUUCCGUGGUACCUUGAAGAGUUUGAGCUGAAGGGGACGUCAGCGGUGGAGAAGCAGUGGGCCGGGAGGGAAGCGGUGCGAAGUCUGAGUGAAGAGUUGACGGAUAUGGACGAGGAGGCGUUGAGAGACUUGGAGUUUGAUGUGGAUGAUGAGAAUACUAUUACCGCUAGUCCGGUUGAUGUUGGCAAGGGGAGUGGGGGGUUGAAGGUGGAGGCGGGAACGCCGAGCGGGAGGAGGAAGAGGGCGGAUGUGAGUAAGUUUAGGAAAGGGGUUAGGAGCUCUGCUAGGAGGAAGUAA